CUGCCGCUGGAGAAUCGUGUGCAUCGCACCCUGCCGGCUGUGCUUAACAACCCCUUGCGUGGCUUUAUCACGAUCACUACUUUUCGUUAAAAGUUAAGUCUCAAAUUAAAAAAUACUUCCGAGGUGCGCCAAAUUUACAUUAAACAGGUAAUCGCGCUUACACGUGAACUAUACUAAACGUUAUCUCGAUACGUUCUUCUCUAAUGUGUACUGAAGCUUUUUUGCACCCAUUGUUGCUCGUAUGCUAGAAUAAAUGUACCUUGUAAAAUUCGUAAUUAAUUCGAAAUUAUCCGAACCAUCAAUGUAACGAUAAUCGAUUUAUAUCGAUAGCAAUUUCUUCCUCAUCAGAAUUCUCGAUCAGAUAAAAAUUUUCGAUUCACGUAUAAGGAAUCGUGAAUGAAAGUGCACGAUCGAAAGGGCGACGAGCAUAGUGCGUGCAUUUUAUAGAAACGUAAUCGUUUAAUGUGACUGGCGGGCGCGAUCUCGCGUGGUGGCGAUUUCGUUUGAAAAGCGUUCCCGAGCGCGUCCCAUUUCCGGUCAUUUGCCGUUUGAAAGCGUAACGUAUUCACGAAGAAGUGUAUCGAUCAUGAAUUGGUGCAACGUACAAGUUUAUGCGGAUUUGGCCGACAAGUCGUCCGUACGUCGAGGAAUGUUCGCAUCGGACGCCAAAGCAUGAGGGACGACGCAUUGACGUAAUGAUGCAGAGAGCGGUGCUACUGCUCUGUUGGCUGCCGCUCCUCAACCACUGCCACGCCGUAAAUCCAGGUUGUUCUUGUGUUGUGUACAGCAGCUCGGACAGGCCUCAAGGUGGCACUUUUACAUCUCCUGAUUUUCCCAGACGAUAUCCAUCGAACAUCGACUGUCUUCUGUACACAUUCGUUGGCCAUCCAGAUGAAAUUGUUGUUUUAACUUUUCAUCAGUUCAACAUUCGUCGUACCUGGCCCGACUGUACAAGAGGAGAUUUCUUGAAACUAUUUUUACACCUGGAGAGUAAGGGCAUUUCCGAGUACACCCCUUGGUCCGGAGUACUUUGCGGAAAACUGAGUGACAUCCCGCAAGUUCUUUACAGCUCGAGAUCGAAGCUCAUUUUGGAGUUUCAUACUGAGGGUCCACCGUCUAAUGCCACUGGCUUUUCCGGCACUUUUCGUUUUAUCGAUAGACGUUUAUUCGAGAUAGACGGUCUGUUGGUGCCCGGCACGAUGUGCGAUCACGAGUUUGUCAGUUCGCAAUCGACGCCUCAAUACGGACGAUUUUACUCGCCGCGGUAUCCGUCCUCCUAUCCGAAGAAUAUCCGGUGCUCCUACCUCUUCCGGGCAAGAUUGAAGGAGAGAAUUCGUUUGGUCUUUGAAGAGAUUUCUUUGCAAAAAGGAGAUCUGAGUUGCCUGAAUAGGGCGGAUUUAAUCAGGGUGCACGACGGAACGGAUUCAGGGGCGCCCACAAUAGCCGUGCUCUGCAACCAGGGAGCGGAAGUGGAGAUACUCAGCACGGGACCAGGUCUCUACGUCGAGUUCGUUGCUAAUUCCGAGUGGCCGGGCCAAGGCUUCAAGGCGAUGUUCCAAUUCCAGCCAUUGGACGAUGCGCCGCAUCCUGAGCCGGACAAGAUCCCAGGGGCCGUUACGGGGAACCCCAAGUACUCGGUCAUCGGACCAGCUGUCAGCGCUACCACAUCGCUCUGCGACGUGGUCUACAACAGCGAUUCAACAAAAACGGGCGUAGUUAUGUCUCCUGGAUACCCGAACCCUUAUCCACCUAGGACACACUGUACAUACGACUUCCAAGGAAGAGGAAAGGAACGGGUGCAGGUGGUAUUCCAGGACUUGAAUCUAUUUCAUUCGCCAAACAAUCCAAAUGACUGCGAGGGAGUCGAUUCACUGGUUGCAUUCGUGCAUAUAGAUGGAAAAAAGGACAAAAUAGAUUCAUUCUGUGGAGAAACACCGCCGCGUCCCAUCAUGAGCAACGGUCCGCGGCUCUCUUUGGAGUUUCAAGGAGUAACGUCAUCCCGCCAUUCGAGAGGCUUUAAAGCGACGUACACUUUCAUGGAAAACUUCGGUAUAACGACAGGUCGGCAGGAGGGGCAGUAUCCGUGUGCCUUUGUUUUCAACAGCAACGAGACCCGGAACGGUACAUUCGCGUCGCCAAAUUAUCCCGGACUAUACCCUCGUAGCACGGAGUGCUACUACUUCUUCAAUGGUCAAUCCAACGAGCGGGUUCACCUUCAUUUCCACUUCUUCGACGUCGAGGGAGUGUUACCGUGCGAAGCUGUAUCAGCCAGUGAUUAUGUUGAAUUCUCCAACUAUAUGAUCAGAGACCGGAAGUAUCCCAGGCAUUGCGGUCAGCUGAAAGAAUUCGACGUUUACAGCGACAGAAAGUUUUUCCGCGUUACGUUCAAGAGUAACGAUCGUCUCGAUGCCACGGGCUUUAAUGCCAGUUACGUGUUCCUGGACGAGGAAGAAAAUUACACGAUGAAGAUACCCGCGAGCAAUGGAUCGGCACGGCACGGUAUCGCGCCUCCACCUCCGCUAUUGUUACUGCUGUUGCUGUUGUUGACGAGCUGUCUCUUCGUUGGCGGCAAAAGUUCCCACUAAGAAAAGACGAUCAUCAAAAGGCGGCCACGCGGACGGGUCCUGGCUCAAUUUACAACGAACCGCAACUUCGAGAUCGAGAGCCAUCCACCAGUCACCAAUAGCUCAGCUUACCGAAGAAAGUGACGACCUCGUUGACAAAUUCAUCGAGAGGGAGUGCGUUACUGAAGUCUAUUAUCCCCCGGGACACAAAGUCUUAAAUUUGUCCACGCAUCCUUUUCUCAUCCUAUCCCAUUCGUCCGCGUCACGUUGACUAUCUCGAGGAGAAAGCAUCGACGGUAAAAUACUUUUACGUCGUCUAAACAGCGUGCAAGAGAAACGACCGUGCGGACGACGAUCAUUCGUCGGGAAUUCGUCGCAGCCCCGUUACCGUAAACAAGAGAAGUAGAAUUAAUUGGCUGCGUGGUUAAAUUGCCGGUUGUUAGCCUACGUGGGUAAGUUACAGUCGACAGAUAAUUCUUUCGAGAAGAAUUCCCCUUGUGGAGAAAAAUUUUUCUUUUUUUUUUUAUUUUCUUGUUUUUUUCGCAGAUUACUUAUCACGCGAAAGCGUGGCUCAUUGCCACUGUCUCGAUUUAAGCAAAUGUACUUUAAAUGCACGCGAUCUGUGUUUGUCUCGCGUUUCAAUUCCGCUUUAAUCGCAAGUUAAAAAUUGAAAGGCAAGUCCGUCAGUUACAAAGUAUUUUAAUUUUCAACGUUUCUUUCAAUACUGAGAAAAAGUCAAGCGCGUGCUCUUUUAAACUAGAUCCAGACGAUGGGCGAACGAGCAUGAGCAAAUACAAAUGAACAACUCGCGACGUCUCGUUCGUACUUACAUGAAGCCAGCUGUUCAUUCGUGUGUGUGUUCACGCUUGUUUGCUUCGUCUAAAUGUAGCUUUAGAGAAAAUUUAUUUACCAUUUAUUUAUACCUGACUUUACUCGUUCGAUAGAUAUUAUUUUUCUUUUCUCGCGGAGAAAACGAAUCUCUUAAGGCAUCUCGUAAGUCAAGUCGUCUGUCCAUGUAUCGCUCGAAAGUCAUACGUAGGAAAAA